AGUAGCGGUAACUUUCUGAGACAUGUAUUGUCUUCACAUUAGGCCAGUUUGCCUGUUAUUAGGGGUCUAAUAAUGUGAGGUAGAAGCACUGGGUGGGACCUACUUGUAAACCUUACCUAUCAGUGUGGGAGCUUUGCGCGGAGCUGGCAGCUAGAGCCCAGGCUGCGGAGGGUUACGCUACAGCUAUUGAAGUUACAUUUGCAAAGGGAGUGAUGUGUCCCAGUGGGGCUAUUGUGUGGUGACAGGGAAGUGCAGGGACCAUAUGCUGCUGCCUAGCAGGAAGAGAAGUUUUCCUUGUACCUGUGGAACUGCUGCCAUUGAAGGACCCCUCUAAAGGGCCCAGGUUACAUGUAGAUCUGAGAUGUCGGCAGGAUGCAGAAGUCUAAUGAAGGAUGGAAAAAUUACAAUGCAGAGCGAUGAGAUCCCCAAUGGCUUGCUGCCUGGUACUCAGCACAAAGAAAAAGAAUCUUCCAGAGACAGUGGCUGUGUGGGAAGGCUAAUUCACUCAUGUCCUGGAGCCAGAAUCAUGUCUACUGCAUCCAACAGAAAGGCUCGAGACUGGCUGGCACAGAAGCCCAAUAUCCAGAUGAUCGUUGAUGAAGAAAAUCAAGAGAUCAGAGAAACCAUGCAGAAUGUGUUAGAUGCAGAGAAUCACUUUAACCAGAACCUGACAAAGUAUCUGCAGAAGACAGAGAAUUUGGAGCUGCGUAGGAAAGAGAUGCAGCACAAGAGGUGGACUGAGCGUGUCUCUGAUCCCUUACAGAAAACCAUCCAGAACUAUGUAGAUGGGCAGUCAGCAAGAGACAUAGAGAGAAGGAGGCGCUCUGUCCUUGGGCAGUACUUGAAGUAUUGCAAUAAAAAGGGUGUCGCUUUUCUCAGAGAUUAUGAUUCGGCAGAGUACAACCCCUAUUCUCAUCAACUUUCCAAGCAGUACCUCCGGGUAUUUAUGCCACAGUUCCUUGACCCCCUUCUACAGUACACUCAAAGGAAGGUUGAAGAGGAGAGAAUAACAUUGCACUGUGAAACAGGGAGAAUAUAUUCUGCUAGAGAAAUCCAUGAACUGAAUAUGAAGAAACUGCCUCAGGUUCCUUUGGGUCGGCACAGUAUGAAUGGGGUUGAGUGGGUCAAGGCUCCAUUUGGGUACAUAGAGAGUGAGAUCAGACAGAAGAGCAGGCAAAGAAUAAGAGGAACAUUUAACAAAGAAAGUCAUGACUUCAACACUUAAAUACUAAUUGCCCCCCCUGCAAGGAGAUUGGGCGUGCCCUUCGUGGAUAUACCUCCAAACCAUGCUACCCCUUGGCAACAUGAAUACACGGAGGCCAAAUGCUUUCUGGAUACCAACAGGUUUUAUUGGCAGAAAAUGUUGAUUUUUAAGUGUGAGCUGGAUCCCAUUCCCUGUGUUCCCUAACAGUUUGAUGUACCCCCAGCGCGCUGCUUUCCAGGAUAUAAAACCACUUAUCCUCCAUCACUCAGCUUUGCACUGUACAUGUAUGAAGCUCUACAUGGAUGUAUCUUUACUGGAUCUUCUCCAUAUCCAGACGUGUAUAUUAGAGAGACGGAGCACUACAUGUACAGAUGUGAUUUGCUAUUGGCAGCCCAAGGUGGCUGGAUGCAACUGUUGUUUUUUAGAACCCCAUUUUUUGCCUUUGUUUCUCAUUCAAGUUUAUUAAAUAAAUGUCUAUGUAACUUA